GUGGAGUCAACGUUGACGUGCGAAAUUCAAACUUCUGUAACAAAACAUCUCUGCUAGAGGGCUUUUCUAUACGCCAUAUGGUUGUUAGCUGAUUUUACCCUCUUCCACUCCCGUCUUCAUUCAAAUUCAGGGAAGUUUAUUAUCGUGCGGCUGAAACAGGGAGGAUGCCUGUGGAAAGGACGGAGCACCGCGGAGCCGACGAGCUCUUCAAGUACUACGAGGUGUAUGAGACUAUCGGCUCAGGAGGCUUUGCUAAAGUCAAGCUGGGUCGACACAUCUUGACAGGAGAGAAGGUUGCCAUUAAAAUCAUGAACAAGAAAGAUCUAGGGGACGACCUGCCCCGUGUGAAGGUGGAGAUUGAGGCCAUGAAGAGCCUGAGUCAUCAGCACGUCUGUCGUCUCUACCACGUCAUAGAGACCUCCACCCAGAUCUUUAUGGUGCUGGAGUAUUGUACAGGUGGGGAAUUGUUUGACUACAUCAUAGCAAAGGACCGUCUGUCAGAGGAGGAGACCAGGGUGUUUUUCAGACAGAUUGUGUCUGCGAUGGCCUACGUCCACAGCCAGGGAUACGCACACAGGGACCUCAAACCGGAGAAUUUGUUGAUUGACGAAGACCACAACUUGAAGCUCAUAGACUUUGGAUUGUGUGCCAAACCAAAGGGAGGUUUGAGUUAUGAGCUGAUGACAUGUUGUGGGAGCCCUGCGUACGCUGCUCCUGAACUCAUCCAGGGAAAAACAUAUAUUGGUUCAGAGGCUGAUGUGUGGAGUAUGGGAGUGCUGCUGUUUGCGCUGCUCUGUGGAUACCUGCCCUUUGAUGACGACAACUGCAUGGUCCUCUACAGGAAGAUUUCAAGAGGUAAAUACGAUAACCCUCGGUGGCUCUCUCCCGGCAGUGUCCUCCUCCUCAACCAGAUGUUGCAGGUGGACCCCAAGCGGCGUCCUACUGUUGGACGGCUGCUGGACCAUCCCUGGGUGAUGAAAGACUACAACAGCCCUGUGGAGUGGCACAGCAGGCAGCCGCUUGGUCACAUAGACGUGGACUGCAUCACUGAGAUGGCUGUCAGCAUGAAGCGAUCGAGGGAAAGCACCACAGCGCUGGUCAACGAGUGGCGGUAUGACCAGACUACAGCCACCUACCUCCUGCUGCUGUCAAAGAAGCAGAGGGGCAAACCAGUCCGCCUGCGCCCUGAACCAGCAGGCUAUGAGGACUCCUGCUCUCCACUGCACCAGGGACUACAGACUAGGGAAGCCCUUCACUUCAGUGAGGACGAAGACGCCGUGAUUGUGGGGUCUCUGGACUUUUGCUCAGACUAUAUUGAUGAUUGCCCGUGGAUUUCUGUCACACAACAUACACCCCAGGGGGUCAGAGGUCAGCCAGAUGGAUCUGCAAACAACAAAGACACGAGACUGGCAUCUCCAUCAGUCGAGAAAAGAUGCGCUUACACCCCGACCCCAGAGAGGGGACGAAAAACGACACAGCACCACCAGGAGAGGAGGGAGAGAGACCAAGAACGAGCUAACGAGAACAAGGAGAAUAUUGCUGUGCAGGACAAAGAUGUUGACAUAUUUGUUUUGCCUCCUCCUCGAACGCCUGUGUCCAGUAAGAAGAACGCACGACCCAACAAGAAUGUGCUGACCACACCCAAUCAAAAUGCUAACAUCAAUGGCACUAAAACCAAUGCAGUCACACCUAAAGGUGGAGGCAGUGCCUCUAAAGAGCACAAUAAGAAGAGGGCAGCAGAGAACAAGGAGCUUCCAAACAUUGAAAUACUGGCCUUCAGUCCUGAGCGAAGGUCUCGGUCUUUGGACUUGGCUGUGACGGGAGACAGCGGGAAGAAGAAGAGAGGAGGAAAGAUGUUCGGUUCCCUGGAGAGAGGCCUGGAUAAGAUGAUCACCAUGCUUACGCCCAGCAAGAGACGAGCCCUACGUGACGGCCCGCGCAAGAUCAAGGCGCAGUACAACGUCACUCUGACCAGUCACACCAACCCAGAGCAGGUCCUUAACCAGAUCCUCUCCAUCCUGCCGGAGAAAAACGUCGAAUUCACGCAGAAAGGGUAUACCUUGAAGUGUCAAACCUAUGGCGACUUUGGGAAGGUAACCAUGGCGUUUGAGCUGGAGGUGUGCAUGCUGCAGAGGCCGGAAGUCGUCGGGGUCCGACGCCAGAGGCUGAAGGGAGACGCCUGGGUCUACAAGCACUUGGUGGAAGACAUCCUCUCCACAUCCAGUAUCUAAAUAAUGCACUUUCCUGGCAAUAUCACUUUCCGUUCCGAGUCAGUGGACACUGGCCUUUUCGUCUCUGCAAAAUGUGUCUGUGUCUAAGAAUAAAGGAUGAUUGAUUGGUGAGUGAUGCAGAUUCACAUGUAGGAUGUUGUCUUAGCACAUUAACGAUCAGUCCUUCAUUAUUCCUAGUGAAUAUUUGAAAUUGUCCAUAGGCCAACCUCUAAUCCCCAGAGUGCACGUUACAUUAAAUUCAUGAGCUUUACAUGUCAGGAUCCUGUACAGCAUAUCUUGUUUUAUAGAGAGUAUUGUUGUUUUACUUCCUUUUCUUAAGCCGAGUGUGAUGUCUGUCAAUCCUCUUGAGAUGAAUGUGUGUGUGUAUGAAAUGUAACAAUGCUAUUUCCAGCAUACCUUCUGGCUACUUAUUACCAUAUUUAUGUCUAGAUGCUGUUAUUCUUCCCUGUAGGUGCUAAACUUGAUUGAAUGACAUAAAGAAAUGGAGCGUUGCUAAUUUACUGUCAUUGUUUUUUCAUGUACAUGUUUACAGUUCUUCCAUCAUGACGUUUUUACAUGGUUGUCUUGUAUUAAUUGUCUUUUAUUUCUUAUUGGGGCUUCUUGUCUGCUUUUAAACUGUCCAUCACAGCGUGUGUGCAAGAUUUCUAUUGACAUGUAAAAGGAGCAAAAUAAAUGGU